AUGUCAAGUGAUGAUGAAAUUGUUCGCGAAGAAAAUGAUAAACAUUAUCACGAUAAAGUUUAUCACUUGGUUCUUAGCCCUAAUGGCCAUCAUAUGGCAAUCUUUAAAUCUGAUACGUUGGAAUUUAAGGUCAUUGAAACAAAAGAUGCCCAAAAAUUAAAUACUAUACCGCCGCAUACGGAGCUUUUGGAAUGGUCAAUCUCGAUAUCAAAUAACUUUCGUCAAGAUAAUAAAUCAAAACUUUACUUGGCAAUUUCUUGUAUAAUGUUUGGUGACAUGAUUAAGCAUAAGGAUAAAAAAGACGGGACCGUUAAAGCAUUCAAAAAUUUGCAACCAUUGAAAAAAUUAAAAGACAUUAUGACUUCCAAUGUUGGUAGUGGCGAGGAUCCUGAGAUUGCUGCUAAUAAUACUCCUAGUGGGAAAAGUGAGAAAAACGAAAAUAAUAAAGAUGGUGAUGAUAAUAAAGGUUCUUUAUAUUACACAAGCGAUAGAAAACAUAAAUGCAAAACAAUCAUACUUACAAUAACAUUAGAAGAUGAAGGUCAUAAUGAUCCAGAUAAUUAUACCAUAAAUGUCUCAAGUGACCAAACCAAAAACUUUUUCUCCCUAAAUGAUAAAGCCGGAAUUUUAACUUUCCUACCAAAUG